AUGCUUUUCAUUGGUCAGCUAUUCUUCAGGCAACAAUCCGGCUUUGUUCAUUUGAAUUCUUCUCCAAAGCCUCUACUUGGCGCCAAGCGCAAUUUUGCGUGCAAACAAUCAGUCAUUCCCAGCGGAACAAAAUCUUUCCAUUCACCUGGGCAUGCGCACAAUUUCACCUUGAAUUUGCAGUUGUGUGAUUUGUGUGCAAUUAUAAUCUCCUUCUUUUCGUGGCAAAGCAUCAUUUGCUUUUACAUUUUACACGAAUUCUCUACUCGUUCUUUCUUUUUAUUGGUUCUUCCUUCUUUCUUUUUGUUAAUUCUUCCUUUUUUUUCUCUUAUUUUUCUUUUUGCUCUUGGUUAUUUACUUCCUUUUUUUAUUUACAUUCUUUUAAAUUUCGUUGUUUCUUCAAAUUUCCAUUUUUCUUUAUUUUUGCUUUUAAUUUUCAUUCUCUUUUUGUAUCUGUUUAUCGUCUUUAUUGUUCUUCAUUUCUUUAUCAUUUGUGUUCGUUUGCUUUUCUUUUCUUUUUUUCCCCACCGUUAUUUUUAUUUUCGUUUCUACUUUGUCCCGUUUUUUUCUUUGGCUAUUUCUGUUCUUUUAUCCCAUUCUUUCUUUUUCACUUCUCACUUCCUUUCUUUUUCCAUUCAUUCAUUCUUUCUCUCUUACUUUUGGAUUUCCUUCUUUUUUUUUUUUUACAUUCGCUUUCAUAUUCUUUUUCACUUUCUUUACCCUCGGCUUCUCUCUCUCUCUCUCUCUCUCUCUCUCUCUCUCUCUCUCUCUCUCUCUCUCUCUCUCUCUUUUGUUCUUUUCUGUAUCGCUUUUUUUUCUCUAAUUCUCUGCCUCCUUCUCUGUUUUCAUUAUUUAUUUAUCUCUUUCUCUCUCUCUCUCUCUCUCUCCCUCUUUCUUUCUUUCUUUCUUUCUCUCUCUAUUUCUCUUUCUCUCUCUCUCUCUCUCUCUCUCUCUCUCCUUUUUGAUCAUUGUAAAAAAAAACCCUCUCUUUCUUUCUCUCUAUAUAAUCCUAUUUCUCUUUCCCUGUGUUUUCCUGAUUUGUUCUCCUUUCCUCUAUUUCUCUUUUAUUUAAUCUUCUCUCUCUCUUUCUAUUCUUUUCUCUUGCUUUCUCUAUCCUACUCUUUCUUUCACGCUCUUAUGCUUCUCUCUGUCUUUUCUCUUUGUCCUCUUUUUAUGCCUAUGUACAUCUCUCUCUCUCUCUCUCUCUCUCUCUCUAUUUUAAAAUAUGUCAGAGAGUAA